GAUUGAAGAAGCCAAUUUGAAACUCAGUCUAGUUCAGGCAGUCUCCUGACUGGCACCUGCUGCUCCGAGCGACUCUCAAAAUGAUGGUGUUUGCAUUUUGGAAGUUCUUUCUGAUCUUAAACUGCCUCGCAGGUCACGUUAGUAUGGUGCAAGUGACCAUCCCAGAUGGUUUCAUGAAUGUGACCGUUGGAUCUAAUGUCACUCUUAUCUGCCUGUAUACCACCACUGUGACAUCCCUGGACAAGCUUUCAGUCCAAUGGUCUUUCUUCCACAACAAGGACAUGGAGCCAACUUCUAUUUACUACUCUGAAGGUGGACAAGCGUCGGCUAUUGGGCAAUUCAAGGAUCGAAUUAUAGGGUCUUCGAAUCCAGGUAAUGCGUCAAUCACUAUACUGAACAUCCAGCCAAAAGACAGUGGAAUUUACAUCUGUGAUGUCAACAACCCUCCAGAUUUUGUCGGCAAAAACCAAGGCAUCCUUGACGUCAGUGUGUUAGUAAAACCUUCCAAGCCCUUUUGUACCAUCCAAGGAAGACCAGAAGCCGGCCAUCCCAUCUCCUUGUCCUGCCUUUCCGCCGUUGGAACACCAGCUCCCAUCUAUUACUGGCAUAAGAUUGAAGGAAACACCGUUGUUCCAGUAAAAGAAAGCUUUAACGCGGCUACUGGAGUUUUACUUCUUGGAAAUCUAACAAACUUUGAAGAAGGCUAUUACCAGUGCACUGCCAUCAACAGUCUUGGCAACAGUUCCUGUGAAAUCGACUUAACCUCUUCACAUCCAGAAGUUGGAAUCAUCAUCGGUGCAUUGAUUGGAGCUCUGAUAGGCGCUGCUGUCAUUGUUUCUGUUGUGUACUUUGCCAGGAACAAAGUUAAAUCAAGACAAACGAAGAGGAAUUUAAAUUCCAACACAGAACUCGAACCAAUGACAAUGGCAAGUCACGCCCACGAAACUGAAGCUGUUCCAUCUGAUGAUGUCCAGAUAGAAGUAACUGUGCCAUCUUCCAUCCAUGACGCCCACAACACCGAACCUGCUUCUGCCAUCUUGGAGCCAGAAUACGAGCCUGAUCCUCCAGUGGAAACUGCCACACAGCCUGACCCUGAAGCCGAGCCACUGCCAAUGCCUGCCAUGGAGGAGAUCCAUCUGGAUCCAGAGCUGGAGCUGGAGCCAGAACCAGAAACAGACCCCGAGCUUGAUCUUGAGCCCGAAACUGAAUUUGAGUCUGAGCUUGAGCCUGAGCUCGAGCCUGAGCCCCAGUCUGGAAUAAUAAUUGAGCCUCUGCGUGAGGAGGAAAAAGAAACAGUGAAGGCAUAGGCAUAGAUAGGUGUGGCACUAAGGAUGGCAGGUUUCACUAAGGGGGGACCCAUUACUGGCCUUUAAAAUUCGGUGGACUUAACCAGCCUCCAGUUUGUCUAUCCAUCAUGGACAACUGUUGUCUAACAACGUGCUUACUCUUACCAUUAAUGCAAAAUAAAUAAAUCAACGUAACUACUAAUGACAUGCAAAGGUUUCUGCUUUCUUAGUAUAGAUUGCUUUAAACUGUACUAAUGUGUAAACCUAACAAAU